AUGUAUGGGAAGAAAGGAAAAGCCACCAUCCGACAGGAUAAGAUGGCCGCAAAUGAUGAGCAAAUGGGCUCGGGUCGCAGGGAGAUGAGAUGGUGCAGAUCGUGGAGUCAAGGUAAACGUUUGGGGGACCUUUUGUUGAACGGAGGUGGUGUGAUGCUCAGUAGGUGUGUUGAAUUGAUUGGCUUUUUAGCUCUGAUUGGGCUUUGGGAAAUGAAGAGUACUGUGAAUAAAAUCUCAAGUGGUAGAUGA